CGCGCGCUCUCUUCAUUGAAACUUUAGUUGGUCCGGUUCGGAUCGCGUCUGUUCGGUUCGGAUCAGGUCUGUCCGGUUCGGAUCAGGUCUGUUUGGUUCGGAUCAGGUCUGUCCGGUUCGGAUCAGGUCUGUUGGGUUCGGAUCAGGUCUGUUUGGCCACUUUGACCCGCUGCGGUUCGGAUCCCAGACCAGCGUGGUGCGCACCCGCACCCGCACCCGCACCCGCACCCGCACCGGCACCGGCUCCAGGCGCGUCACCAGGGAAUAACCCACGGAACCGGGAGGGAUCAGCUGAGCGGAACCGACCCGGAACCAGCGGUAGGAACCGCAGAAGCGCAGACCCGGACCGGCUGGACUGGUCUUGGUCUUGGUCCUGGUCCUGGUCCUGGUCCUGGUUCUGGUCCUGGUCCUGGUCCUGGUUCCAGCUGAUCGGGUCUCCGGGUCAGAUCCAGGUACCGGUCCGUGGUUCUGGUUCGGAGAUGAGCCCGUAAGGACCAGCAGAGGAUUAUUAGGGUCAGAACCACGAGGAGCGGCUCGGAUCUCUUGGGUUUUUGGAUCAGAAAUAACGCGCUUCCUCCCAGUGACGUCACGGUUCGGACUCAACGGGAAAAAGUCCAGCAUGCGCUCGUCGGGGGUCGGGAUGCUGGUCCAGGUCCUGGUCCUGGUCCAGGUCCUGGUCCCGCAGGCUUCAGGAUACAGCCUGGAUGAGGAACACAGUCUGGAGUUCGGCGGACCUCAGGGCUCCAUGUUCGGAUACUCCGUCCUGCUGCACCAACACAGAGAUCACCACUGGUUGGUGGUCGGAGCUCCGGUGGCCAACGUGUCGUCCAGGCCGUCGGUUCGAUCCCCAGGAGCCGUUUUCAGAUGCAACAUCACGGCGGAGGAUCGGAGCUGCAGCCACAUGAACACCGAGGUGUUGAGUUGUGGGAAGACGUGUGAAGCUGAGAGCGAUGACCAGUGGCUCGGCGUCAGUCUGUCCAAACAACCCGGAGGACACGGAGGACACGGAGGACACGGAGGACACGUCAUGGCAUGUGCUCACCGCUGGAAGAACGUCUACUACUCAAGAAAAGACAGUCAGAAAAACAAGCUGCCUAACGGACUGUGUUACCGCUUUAGCAGUGACCUGGAACACUCCAGUCCCAUCAUCCCCUGCUACAGAGACUACCAGACCCGGUUUGGGGAGGAUUACGGGUCUUGCCAGGCAGGAAUGUCCAACGUCCUGACGGAGGAUCUGAUCGUCAUGGGGGCCCCGGGGACGUCCUACUGGACCGGCUCCGUCCUGGUCUACAACGCGACCGGCGGAGUGAUGUCGGUGUACCUGGACGACCAGACCGGAGCCGUCACCUUCGGGAGCUACCUGGGUUACUCGGUGGGAGCCGGUCACUUCCUGGGUCCUGCCAGCGUGGAGGUCGUGGGCGGAGCUCCUCAGUACAACCAGAGGGGGAAGGUCUUCAUCUUCACAGUUGACAACGUCAUGCUGCGUGUGGUUUCCGAGGUGUCUGGAACAGAACUGGGCUCGUACUUCGGCUCCAGCGUGUGUGUGGUGGACCUGAACGCUGACGGCCUGUCGGACCUUCUGGUCGGGGCUCCGAUGGCCACGGGGACGGCCCGGGAGGAGGGACGGGUCCACGUCUACAUCAACCAGGGCCAGGCCAAGCUGGAGGAGGCAGCGUUCACGCUGAGCGGCUCCAACGCCGUGGCGGCGCGGUUCGGAGAGACCAUGGCCGACCUGGGAGACCUGGACGACGACGGUUACCCAGAGAUCGCCGUCGGGGCCCCCCAGGAGAACGACCUCCGAGGAGCCGUCUACAUCUACAACGGCAGAGCAGACGGAGUUUCAGCGACUCCGUCGCAGAGGAUCAGCGGCUCGUCCCUCGGCCGGGACCUGAGGAUGUUCGGACAGUCUCUGAGCUCCGGCGUGGACGUGGACGCCAACGGCUACCAGGACGUGGCGGUCGGAGCCUUCCUGUCAGACUCUGUCGUGGUUCUCAGGACCCGGCCGGUGAUCCAGCUGAGGGCGACCCUGGCGCUGCCCGACCGGAUCGACCAGAACCAGCUGCUGUGCCGACACCAGCGGACCCCGACCGUCUGCUUCAACGUCACCGUCUGCUUCAGCGUGACGUCCAGACACUUCAGAGGAGCCAUAGAACUUCAGUAUAACCUGACCUCUGACCUCCUUCACAAACCCAUCUUCCCUCAUCGAUUCUACUUCAGCGGAAACGGGUCGUCCAACAGCACCAGGGGGGUCGUGAAGGCCCGGCCCGGCCGGCUGGUCUGUGCUACACACCUGGCCUAUCAGAGGAAAGACGUGAAGGACGUUUACACUCCGGUCCAGUUCGAGGUUUCCUACGGACUCAGAGACAGAAAGACCAGCAGACUCUCCUCCGAAACCUUCCCUUCGCUGAAGCCCAUCCUGCAGCAGAGCCACGCGCAGCGCAACGCCAUCACGAACCAGACCCAGUUCGCUCGGUCCUGCUCUCAGGUGAACUGCUCAACCGACAUGAAGCUGUCGGGUCAACUGGAGCUGCCGCAGCGGCGGGCCUUCUUCCCUCUGGGCUCGGGUCAGACGAUGACGCUGACGACGCUGCUGUCCAACUCCGGGGACGACGCCUUCCUGCCGCGGCUAACGCUAACGCUGCCCAGCUACAUCCACUACAUCAAGGUUCUGCAGAACGACGACCUGGCGGUCAGCUGUGAGGUCACAGAGGAAGACGGCGCUACAGAAGUCAGUGUGGACUGCAGCCUCAGCAGCCUGGUCCUGCCGGCCCAGUCCCAGUUGAACAUCAGUUUCCUGCUGGACGUGAACCGGAACAGCACGCCAGGAGACGCCGUGGUCCACGUCAGCACCGGCAGUGACAUCUUUGAGAAGGAAGAGUAUCUCCAUGACAACGCCGUCAGACUGGUCCUCCCGCUCAGAUACGGCGUUAACGUGAACAUCCACGGGUUCGUGAGUCCGACCUCGUUCGUGUUCGGAGACGAAGACGUGAUUCCUGCUGAGUGCUACCCGGAGAAGUUCAACUACACCUACAAGGUUCUGAACUCGGGUCCCAGCAGGUCCAGAGAAACCGUGGUCGUGGUCUCACUUCCCAAGAUCCUGGCGCCGCAUCGUCACCGCCUGCUGCAGGUGGUGGACUGGAAGGCGUCUCAGGGAGAAUGUGGGAUCAGCGACCGGACGGUUCCGGUUCUGGACGACUGUGUCGUCCCCCAGGCCUCCGUCCUCCAGCAGCUGGUCUUCUUCUUCUCCGAGACCUCCACCCGCAGGAUGUUCUGCGGCCGGCAGGAUGAGCUGUGUGAGCAGCUGGUCUGUCGCCUUGGUAACCUGGAACCAGGAGGAGACGCUUCCAUCCAGCUGGAGGUCAAGCUGAACCCGGCGGUGCUGCUGCAGGCUCCGGGUCGUCAUGGAAUCAUGAGGCUGGAGAGCACCGCCGUGAUGUCUCCUCCCUCAGAUCCUCACACCGUCCUGGUGGAGGAGGAGAACGGCUUCACUCAGGUGGACGUGGAGGCCGUUUACACCCAGAAACCCUCCAUGGCCGUGAAGAUCUUCAUCAUCGUGGUCAGUCUGGUGGCCGGACUGCUGAUCCUGGCGGCGCUGAUCUGGUGUCUGUGGAAGGCCGGGUUCUUCAAGAGAACCUACCAGAAGCAGGAGGAGGAGUUUAAGAGAGACAGCUGGGACUACGUUCCCAAAGUGAACAAGAGAGAGAGCAACACCUGACCUGGACCACGCCGUGACCUCUGACCUCAGAGCAGCAGCAUUUACCUUCAGUCUACUGGCUGAUGCAGCAGAUGGAGGAGGUUGGAGGGAGACGGAGACGGCAGAUGCUCAGCUGACGGAUGGAUGGAUGGAUGGAUGGAUGAUGGAUGAUGGAUGGAUGGAUGGAUGGAUGGAUGGAUGGAUGGAUGAUGGAUGGAUGGAUGGAUGGAUGGAUGGAUGGAUGGAUGGAUGGAUGGCUGGAUGGAUGGAUGGAUGGAUGGAUGGAUGGAUGGAUGGAUGGAUGAUGGAUGAUGAAUGAAUGGAUGAACCUGACCCCCCCAGAUGACCUUCAGGACUAUUUCAGAACCAACAUGUGACUGAAGCCUGGAUUGUGGUUCUGCGUUAAACCAACGCAGAGCCUACGCCGUUGCAGUGACGCCGUUGCCGUGACGCCGUUGCCGUGACGCCGUUGCCAUGACGCCGUUGCCGUGACGCCGUUGCAGUGACGCCGUUGCCAUGACGCCGUUGCCGCGACGCCGUUGAACCAACGCCGUUGCCGCGACGCCAUUGCAGCGACGCCGUUGCAGCGACGCCGUUGCCGUGACGCCGUUGCAGUGGCGUGCGCCGCAGGUUGCACCGCGACGCAACCUGCGGCGCGGUGCAACCUGCGGCGCAGGCUCGGCGUGGAUUUAACGCAGAACCAGAAUCCAGGCUCGAGGAAGAACCGACGUCCUGCUGAACCUCAGGGACAUUCUGAUCCCAGGACCCGGUACCAGAACCCGGUACCAGGACUCUGUACCGACCCGCCUGCUGACCCCCCAGGACUCUGACCUUCUGCCCCCCCAGGACUCAGUACCAGCACCCGGUUCCAGGACCGGGUUAAGAUCCAGAUGUUCUGAAUCAUCACGGACAGAAAACUUCAGACAGACAAGAUUUUUAUUAAUUUAAUUUAAUUUAUACGGUGCUUUUCAAAUGAGCUUUGUCUGAACUUCCUAGUAAAUGCAGAAAAAAGAGAAUUAGUUUUAAUGGCUUAAAAAUCAGUUGCAUAGAAAAAUGUCCUAAAAAGUAUUUUCAGAUUUCAGAUUCUUGUGUUCUGUGAAUGCAGCUAAAGCUUCGCUCUGUUUCUGUCGUAGAAAAACACGCUUUACUCUGUUAAAUCUGAAUUAUUGAGCACUGGAGAAUAUCGCUGCUUUUAUUUGAAUUGCAAUAAAGUUUUUUUUAG